AUGGUAAAGAAUUGCAAGGCAAUAAGCACUAAAUCUUCUCACAAAUAAUUUUUUAUAUUUUCUCAAUAUUCUUGAAAUAAAAAUCUUAAAGCUAAUUUUUUAUAGUAAAAGAGUAAGAAGCUAUUAGCGAUAAAUUACGAACUCAGAACUAAUUUCAGAGUUCAACAAGUUCUCAACAGGAUUUCUAAUUGGAAUCCUUUUACUUAACAAAAAUUAAUAUUGGGUGGCGAUUAAAUAUAUCUUUGAUGACGAUGCCAAUAUUGGUUGCAACAGUCGAUUUAUAGCAUAAGCCAUGGUCUGGGCCCUUUAACUCUAGCCUGUGAGACUGUGUGGUGUGGGAAACUUUGGAGUCGGCUGGUAGCAAGGUAUUUAUUAUUUGGAUGGUUUUUGAGCCUCAAUUUUUUCCCUUCCGGUUUUAGAGUGUGUGAGUGGUUUUUUCCUGAGUUUCAACUCUCUUAAAGGUGGCAACAGAUGGUAUUUGGCGAACCUUACUGGCAGGGAGUCUCCCUAAUCCGUUGUCACUAUUUGGGAUCACAGAAAAUUACUGUUCCAAAUAGUGGCUGAAUUUUCGCCCUCAAUCAGUCUGGAAUUAGUUAAAAGCGUGUGGAGGUAUCAAAUCUGUAAGAUACUAACUCUCCCCCAUCCUUGAUCGAACGGCUCGCCAUCGUUCGAUCAAGGAUGGAGAUUAAAAAAAAUUUUUUUUAUAUAUUUUUAAAUAAGAGGGUUAAGAGUAUUUAAUAAUUAUUUUUACAGCAAAAAAUUGAAUUAAUUUCUUAAGAAUACCAAUUUUUAAUAUUUUGAUUUUUUGGUUACCCCUUUAAAUUGUAUAAAUUUUAAUUGAAUUAAAAAUUUUAAAUUUUAAAGAAUCUCUAUUUUUAGAUUAUUGAGUUUUUAGCCCAGGUUUUAACUAAAGCACUUCGGAUGGUUGAUUCCGAAGCUUUCUGUCGUCUCAAAGCCUCUGGCAACAACUUCAUUAGACACAUCUUCCUAGGCUUUUGACAACUAAUAUAUAUAUAUAAAAAUUUGCAUGAUAUGAAAAUCGUUCGAUCAAGGAUGGGGAUUAAUUUUUCCCAAUUUUUAGGAAAUUUUACAGUGAAUCGUUCGAUCAAGGAUGGGGGAAGUAAGGCUCUUAAUUUAAUUUAAUUUUACUCAACAAGUGAGCAAUGAAAACCUUUAUUUACUACUCAAUAAUCUCUCCAAAAAGUAUCACCUAACAUCUUUUGAGAGUUAUUUAUUAAGUUUAACUUUUUAUUCUGUAGAAACAGAAGCCAUCGAUAAUUUCACAGAUUUCUUGGAGCUCGCUGUUUUCCUGAUAAAAUCAGUGAUUUCUAACAAGUAUAUCCAUUAUCGAAGGCUAAUAGAAGAAACUAUGAAACCUUUUCACAUUAAAAUGCUUCAAUGGAUUGCCCUUCACACCAAAAAUUCCGAAAUUCAUAUCAUGGAUGCAUGGCAGGAGCAAGACCAGUUUGGAGAAUUGAGGAUCAAUUAUUCGUCUGUACUGAGAUUUGAAAUCGAAUUGAAUGGGUUUUUGUCCACAUUGUUUAGCGAACUCCUAAACAAGUUAAACGAUAAUUAA